AUGGGCCAGGGACCCAGCACCAGCGCCCUGCAGCAAUGCAUCCAGGGGGUUGCCAACAACCGAGCCAACUUCGCUGCUUUUGCCGGGAGCCCACUUUACCAGAUUCAAUGGGUCAAGCCGUAUAAUCUUGAUGUGCCCGUCGAGCCUGCCGCCGUGGUGAGGCCAGAGACGGCACAGGAUAUUUCCGACAUUAUCAAGUGCGCCAAUGCCAACGGCGUCAAGGUGCAGGCCAAGUCUGGGGGGCACUCCUAUCAGAACUACGGCGCUGGCGGGAGUGAUGGGGCCGUUGCCAUCGACAUGGUCAACUUUCAGAAAUUUUCAAUGGACACCAAGACAUGGUAUGCUACCAUAGGGGCUGGAAAUCGCCUGGGAGAGGUGGACAAGAAGAUGCACGCUCAAGGAGGACGGGCCAUGGCCCAUGGUGUCUGUCCUGGUGUUGGCCUUGGUGGUCAUGCUACGAUUGGAGGAUUGGGCCCCAUGUCGAGAAUGUGGGGAUCUGCCUUGGAUCAUAUUGUCGAAGUUGAAGUCGUCACCGCCGACGGCAAAAUCCAGAGAGCGAGCGCCACGCAGAACGAGGAUCUUUUCUGGGCCCUCAGAGGCUCUGCGUCUGGGUUCGGAGUCAUCACCGAGUUCGUUGUGAGAACACAUCCCGAGCCGGCCAACGUUGUUCAGUACGAAUACACCAUCAAGCUCGGGAAACAGGCCGAUGUCGCUCCUUUGUACUCGAAAUGGCAGGCUUUGAUGGCGGACCCCAAGCUUGACCGUCGGUUCGGAUCCAUGUUCAUCAUGUUCCCUCUUGGCGCUAUCAUCACUGGCACAUUCUAUGGAACUCAGGAGGAGUUCUUGACAACUGGCAUCCCCAACGCUCUUCCGCAAGAUGGCAACGGCCAUCUGGUCAUCAACGACUGGCUUGGGGGUUUGGCUCAUGAUGCCGAAAAGGAGGCACUGUAUCUGUCUGGGCUUGCUAUGCCAUUCGUAUCACGCUCUCUGGCCUUCAAGCGACAGGACCUCCUGGGACCGGAAAAGAUCAAGGACAUUUUCAACUGGGUCGACACCCAAAAGAAAGGCACGCUCCUGUGGUUCAUCAUCUUCGACGCCGCAGGGGGUGCUAUUGAAGACGUACCGCAGAAUGCCACGGCCUUCGCUCAUCGUGACAAGGUCAUGUACUACCAGUCUUAUGGUAUUGGACUGCCCGUGACAAAAACCACCAAGGAUUUCAUCACCGGAUUUCACGACCAGGUUGUUCAGAAAGCCGGUCCAGGCACUUGGGGCACGUAUCCAGGGUACGUCAACAACGCUUUGGUCAACCAGCAAAAGCAGUACUGGGACUCCAACCUGCCCGCAUUGGAGCAGAUCAAGGCUCGGUGGGACCCCAAGGACUUGUUCCACAACCCAGGGAGUGUGAGGCCUGCCAAGAACUAG